AUGAAGAAAAAUGGCUUUCAUGGAACACAAGUUACUUACUCGCUAGUAGUUGGCAUUUCCUUUCAUUGUAGCCAGAGUGAGUUAGCACUUGCUGCUUACAACGAGAUGGUUCAGAAUGCUUUGAAUGUCUUCCAAAAUAUGGCAAAUCAACAUGUUGAUUCUCUUCAGCUCUUUGAGAGAAUAAAAACAGAGCAAGACUGUCAAUUGAAUGAGCAUUUAUACAACAUUGCUCGAAUGUCAUGCCCAAAGCUCGGUUUGCGGGAUAAAGCUCUUCAGCUUUUAUGGCAGGUGAAGGCUUCUGAACUUCCAGUUUCAACAGCCUCCUAUGAUCUUGCUAUUGGUGCUUGUGAAGUUGCUAGAAAGCCAAAAUUUGCACUGGAAGUUUACGAGCACUUGGUUCACCAGAAGUUCACUCCAAGACGCAGACACAAUCACUUAUUUGUCUUUGAUAAGAAGUUGCAUCUGGGCAUCUCUUUGGGAUGA